CGGAGAUUCCAUCUCUCUCCAUUUUUCUUGGCAUUACGCCCAAUUCCCUACAAGCACCAACUUUAACGAAUGCCACUGUUAGACAAUCACCACCAACCCAACAUCAUGAACGCUCCUUUAUACACUCGCCCGGCAGGCGUGCAUGAGAUCCCAGCGGAUCAGCUUGAUCUACGCCCCGAUUCCGAGGUGGACCACGACCUCCUUCAUCCCGGACCGGUCACCAGUGAGAAGAAUAUCUGGUUUUUCUGGCACGCUGGGUACCAAACGAUGCACCCCUACACAAAACGCAACAUUCGCGGCUGGCACCGACGUUUCUCUCGUCAAGGUUGGACAGUCCGUGUCGUUGACCGUCAAUCCGACUCUCCUUUGAAUAUCGCCAAUUUCUUGGACACGAACGACCGGUCCAACUUCCCUCAGGCUUUCAUAGAUGGUUCUCUCUCCGGCGAGUACGCCCUGCAACACACAUCAGACCUUGUGCGAUUCCCGCUACUUCUGAAGUACGGCGGUGUCUACGCCGACGUGGGGUUUAUCCAGAUCGGAGACUUGGAUCGCAUGUGGACAACAAUGGUGGCAAACCCGGCGUCAUCAGUCGAGGUUCUGUCGUAUAACUCUGCUGGUGUCCAGCCGUUGAGCCUGACGAAUUACUUCCUCGUGUCUCGCCCCAAGAAUCCACUUUUUUACCGAUGUCAUGUAUUGUUGUUGAAGCUCUGGGAAGGCCGGAAUAGCACCGAAGGCAUGUCGAAGAGCCCUUUGCUCAAAGGCGUUCCACUCAUGAACCCCUCCGCGAGCUUCGAGGAGGAUGGAAAGACUUUUAGUCCCGAGGAAGUCAGCGCAAUGCUAACGGACUACAUUAUUCAAGGCCAAGUGAUGUCGCUGGUUAUGGGGCUCGUGGACGAGGAAGGUGGAUGGAACGGCCCGGAAUAUGUGACCAAGCACAUCUUCGGCAUUGACUACAUGGUCGGAUCGCAGCUUAUCAACGACCUGACGGCCUGGAACGGGGUCAGGGCGUUUGAACUAAUGUCACUUCAUCUGCCAAAGGAGGGGGAGACAGAAACCGAGGACCAAAUGCUCGCAAGGGAGAUUGUGGAAGCGUGCCUGUCGAAGAGCUUUGGGUUCAAACUCGCCCAUGGGUUCAUUCUAAAAGUGUUUGGGCAUACACUUGGUUCUCUUUGGAGAAAGCACGAGGAGUCGGACAACGUGCCCAACACAUAUUCCCAUUGGCUGCGAUACGGUGUGAUAUAUUGGACCCAAGAUGAGCUUCCAUCAUCAAAGGAGUUUGUCGUUCUAGAGCCAUAUAAGAGAGGUCCUCUGCUAAGGGUUGAAUGAUGGCGAGACUACAGCUUAUUGCUUCAAUAGAUAGGCUUCAUCAG